AUAGAUUACUAGAUUAGUAGCUCUUUCAUUUUCCCACCUACCAUUACGUGACAUGUGGUGAUAAAAUACGCCACGUCACCUUCUUCCACUUGAACAAAAUUAUAAAGCCGUGCGCCACCGCACUUCCACCGUCAUUCGCCCACCGAGGAUGGAAGUAAGUAUCCAAGAAACCGCCGUUGUCCGCGCCGUUAAGUCUCCGUUUGAUCACGAUCACGUCCUCUCUCUCUCCCACGUCGACAUGGACCGCAACCUCACCGUCACUCUCCGUUACCUUCGCGUUUACGCGGACAACCCCGGUCAAGAGGCAGACCCUUUCCACGUCAUCACCGCCGCGCUCUCCGCCGCCCUCGUCCGCUACUACCCGUUCGCCGGCACCCUUCUCCGUCGAAUCUCCGACGGCCGUUUCGAGCUGCAUUGCCACGCCGGCGAUGGUGUGCCAGUCGUCAGAGCAUCCGUGAACUUCCCUCUGAGCCACGUCAACAACUUCGACGCUGAAGUCGACGAGGAAUUCUCCGGUCGGAUGCUCCCCGACCCGGAUCCGGAUGGCAGUUCGAUCCGACCCAUGACGUUGCAGGUGACGAGAUUCAGCUGUGGUGGGUUCGUCCUCGGGGCAGCCGUACACCACGCGAUAUGCGACGGGCUUGGGGCAACGCUGUUCUUCAACGCCAUGGCUGAGCUGGCACGGGGGUCGGGUCAGAUGACAAUUGACCCGAUUUGGGACCGAACCACUUUGCUCGGGCCGAGAAACCCGCCCCGUUUGGAGUUCCCGAUCCAGGAGUUUCUGAGCUUGGACAAGGGUUUCUCCCCUUAUACGGGUUCGGGUAAACGGGUCGUGAAGGAGUGUUUUAAUGUGAAAGCGGAGUGGUUGGAUCAUCUCAAGAAAAUCCUACACCACCAAUCCGGGUCAAAAUUUACCACUUUUGAAGCAUUGGGUGCUUUCAUAUGGAGGGCUAGGACAAAAUCUUGUCAAGUCCCUAUACACGAGAAAGUCACAUUCGCAUACUCCAUCAACAUCAGAAAGAUAGCCAAUCCGCCUCUGCCAGCUGGCUACUGGGGCAACGGCUGCGUGCCCAUGUACGUGCACCUCACGGCGGAGGAGGUGGCGGAGCAGCCCAUCUGGAAAACAGCCGAUUCAAUCAAGAAAAGCAAGCGCAACGCCACCGCCGAGUACGUGUCCUCGUUCGUCGAUUUCCAGGAGUUGCACUACGAGGAUGGGAUCAGCGGCGGGAGGAGGGUGAGCGGGUUCACCGACUGGCGGCACUUGGGCCAUUCCACGGUGGACUUCGGGUGGCGCGGCCCAGUCGCGGUGGUGCCGCUGUCGAGGCACCUGCUGGGGAGCGUCGAGCCUUGCUUUUUCUUGCCGGGAAAAGAAACCGAAACGGUCAAGGUUUUGGUCCAUUUGGAGGAUGACGUCAUCUUGUCGUUUAGGCAGGAAAUGGAUAAGCUGAAAAACCUGCAGGAAUAUGGAUUACAGUCCGCAAUAUGAAAACGACACCGUUUGCUUGUUAUUUGUAGUUGACCGGUCAAUAACCAAAAUCGAAUAUUCCAAUUUAGAAUCAA